GCCAUGGAACAGCGAUUAGCUGAGUUUCGAGCGGCCCGCAAACGGGCCGAGCUGGCGGCCCAGCUCAACACUGAAAACCAGAGCGCACCGGCCGCCGGAGAGAAGGCGGAAGCAACCGCGUCCCCAGAGGCAGCACCUGGCUGGCUAGCGCGGUUCCUGGGGUGGAAUCCGAGGCCCGCGGAUACCCAGGCCUCGCCCAGCCCCGCUCAGGGAACCGCUGGGCCUGCUAGCAGCCCGCCACGGCCCCCCAGGAACCCGGCCAUUCCUCCACCCUCCAGCGGUCAGCAGUCUUUCCUGAUCAACGUCACCUUCUUGAAGGUUCUCCUCUGGUUGGUCCUGCUGGGAUUGUUUGUGGAACUGGAAUUCGGCCUGGUUUAUUUCGUCCUGUCCUUGUUCUACUGGAUGUACGUGGGGACGAGAGGCCCUGGGGAGAAGCAGGAAGGGGAGAAGAGCGCUUACUCCGUGUUCAACCCGGGCUGCGAGGCCAUCCAGGGCACCCUGACUGCAGAGCAGUUGGAACGCGAGCUGCAGCUUAGACCCCCAGAGGGGAGGUAGGACGACCUGGCCGGGCCCUCCGCACCCAGGCUGGCCCGCCUGAGCCUUGAACGAGAACUCAGCCUCAGUGCACAGGACCAGGUGGACUUCAGACAAACCGUUCUCUCCUAGUUUUGUCGUUCUCUUUGGACCUUCCCUGUGGGGUAGCAGCCAUUUAUAAAAGUUCUA